AUUUUUUACACAUUAAAUAUAUUUAAAUAUCACCUUGGUGAGUGGUGUUUGUUGACCAUAGAACUUAUACAAAUUAUUUAAAAAGACAGUAGUUUCUAACAGAUGGCGAGCCUAGUCAGAUUAUAGACCUGGACAUUAGACAUAUACACAUUCUGUCAGCUUCAAAAGGGGGACAGGAGGGUGUAGCUGAACUAAAGCUUCCAGAUGUCUAUAUGAGUAAAAGAACCUAGAAGUAUUUUGUGUAAGUAUUACAGGCAUUGACAUAAUUGCGGACGCAGUGAGAAAGAUUCUGCUUUCCGGUGAGUAUGGAUUUUCUUGAUAAUUUGGCUAAUAAGAGCAAAUUCAAGUUUGAUAUCCCUCAUAGUGUUAUGUAUGAUGCAGAGAUAUGGUCAGAUCUGUAUACUCAAUGUAUGAAUGCUAAUAUGUUGGUAGAGAAAAAAGAUAUUUCAUUUUCCAGAUUGAAACAUAAAAUCCAGAAUGUAAUGCUAUUAGUGAAAACGUUUAAUACGUUAAUGUGCUCAGAGAGGAAGGAAAAUGAUGUAGAAAAGAUUACUACUCCAGAUAAGAGAGAAGUAGAAUGUGACAGAGUUAGCAAUGACUGUCUGGCUAAGGAAAUUUCUAAGCAUGAACUUAGACUGUCAGAAAUAGAGUCAGUUUUGCAAAGGAAUAACCAGGUUUCGGUUAUUACAAAGGAACAGAGAUCCAUGUUGGUUCCGGAUCUCAAUAAUCCAGAAUUAGACUAUGACAGGGCAAAACUGCAAUUAAAAAUUAAUAAACAGUUAUUUAAAAUUGUGAAAGAGAUUCCACAUUUCAACCCCAAGUUAAAUGUCCUCAUGAUUUCUGAUCUAUUUGAAUCUCAUAUAGAGAAAUAUGAUUUAAGUGAGGAACAAAAGAACAAAGUGUUUAAACUUUGGGUGCCAAUACAGAUUUGCCAUAGGUUAUCAAUACCAGUGACUGAGCCAGAGAUUGAUAUAGAUGGGAAUCUAAUAUAUGGCACAAGAAGGGAGAGGCUUUUGCAGCUUAAUUAUAUAAUUAAUGGAGAAGAGUUUUUUAACACUGCACUGCUUAAUGAUCUGAAAACCUCCAUAGACGAUGACCCCUUUGUGUUUAUGGGUAUAUUUGAGCAAGCGUACAGGCUGGUUAUGGGUAUUAAAGAAGAUCAAGUUCCUGAAGAAAUGGUGAGAGUUUUUGUAAAGAAGUUUCAAUACUUAGAUACAGGAGCUGAUGUCCGUGCUUCAAUGUUUAACACUCUUACAGAAGCAGCCACUUACAUUGAUAAGUAUAGGAGACAUCUUGUGCUGCAGAGCUCAGACCCCUCAAACAAGCAUAUGAUCAGAGAAAUAUGCCAAACAAAAAAAGCAGAUAUGAAACCACAUAAGAAGGCUUAUUGUUUUUUUUGUGGGAAAUUAGGUCAUCUAUUUAGGAAAUGUUUUUUACGUAGAAAAUCUAUGAAACGAUUUAAGGUUGAUAAAGAUUCUGGAAUUAUACAAGAGAAAGUUCAGGUAAAGCAACUAGAUGCACAGAAUGGCCACUCCCAAUGUUCCAUAGACAGACCAGUCUGUCCUUACAAAAGACCUAGGGCUGAAGACAAAAGGAGUUACUCUUUGUUAAUGAAAACAAGGAAUAAUUACUGAAUAGGGCUAGAGAAAUGUUAGUACUUAUUCUUUAAAGGUUGGAGAAAGUGUGAGUAAAUAAAUAUGAUUGGAUACAAUUUUUAAGAAAGUAAUAUUUACAUGGAAAUAUGCAGUAAUGAUGGUAAUGUGUUUUACUGUAUAGCAGGAUAAGUGGAAUUUAAUAUGUAUUAACUGUUUUAUACUGUAGAAUAUCUUCAACUCCCUAUUUAGACAAAUGCCAGGUUAAGAUUAUUAAAUAGCUAUUUUGUCAGUGGAAUUAUAAAUAUCAGAAGAAUUAUAUCUUGUUUUAUUUCUAAUAUAAAUUGUAAAGUGUGUCUAUAUGUUUCUAAUGUAUAAGCAAUAUUUUUGUAUAUAGUCAAACAUUAGAAAGUAAUUUUUUAUAUUUUUAUAGCCAAAUAUUGUAUUGGUUAUAAGAAAGACUGGGAAGAUUUAAAGGAAAUACAGUGAGCAAGUUGAGAAUGAUUUUUUGUAAGUUUCAAAUCAAUUUGGUGCAUUGUGGCACCAGCACUGUUUUCCUGUCUGGAUUCCAAUCUACCCACCCCCAUCCUUGGGUGUCAUGUUAUGGUUUUUUUUUUAACCAGAACAAAGAGGAUAUUUUGCUUCCACUGAUCUAAAUAUCUUAAAUAGUAAUAUCCAUAGAAGUUCAAGUGGGACUGAUAUUGAUGUUUCAUAAUCAAAUCAGAUUCAUAAAUGUUUAGAUGUUGACUUGGUUUUUCCCAAAUUAUAAAUCUAUACAUUGAAUAUUCUAACUUGUAAGAUUUGGCUCUAAAGAGCACACUGGUAAUACUCAGGUUACACCACUGAGUGAUUUACAUAACUGUUCAACCAGAACAUGGUGUUUAUGUAAUGAACAUAUGUCUACAGUAUAAAAGGGGGGCAGAUAGACAAAUCUUAUUUCCUAAAUACUGCAUUAUAUUUCCAUGUAAAUUGCUAAUAAAUUUAGGGACACUAAUUACAGUGAUUUUUUGGUAUAUUUGCAAAUGAUGCAAUUAUUUCACUUACCUUUGCUGAAUAAGUACAGAGCUAAAAGAUUAAAUACAUCUUAGUAUAUAAUGGGAUUUGUAUGUUUCACAUGUUUUCACAUAAAAAGAUAACAAAUUUAAGUGUGAGGCAGGAAGCAUGGGAACAAAAGCAUUUGCUAGUGGGAUUCACAAGAAAGUAAAGGCUAAAGCUUAGGGCCAGGAUAUGUAAAUGUUGGAAAGAUACAUUUCAUGAAGGACUAAAGAAUUUUGAGACCAGUAACUUUUUGUUUGUUAAAUGAAAUGUGCUCUAACUUGUUAUGAUUAUUGUAGGAUAUGGAUUCCUUUUCCACAUUAAAGCAUCAUGGAUCAGGAGGAUAUAAAGGAGAAGCUUUCUUGUAGUACAUAAUGGGGGAAUGAAAAUAAAAUAAAAUAAUAAUGAAAAUAAUGAAAAUAAUGAAAAUAAUUUUUACAUUGGAAAAUGUAAAGACUAACAUGAGCAUGUUUGCAUGGUAGUAAUGUAAUAAACUUUCACAUUAACUAAUUUGGUCUUAGUUGACUACACUAUGCACAACUUUUAUUUUUUAAGGUGCACAUAUGGAAAUCCUGCGCAGGUCAAUGAAUUGGCAAUUUUUUUUUUUGAUAAACAUACAUGAUAACGUACGUAUUGAUAAUUAGCAUAAGGAAAAGCAAUUGAAAGAGUACUCUAUAUACAUCUUAUAAACCUUUGAUAGUUUGGAUUAUUAUAUGACCUGGCCAGUCAUGUGAUAAAAUAUUUGAAACUGUCAAAGAUAUAUUGUAAGAUGUUUAUGUUUAAUAACCAUGGAAGUGAUGAAUAUGGAUCCAUUAUAUUAUUAAUAAUAACUUUUUCUUUGGAAGAUUAUCAACUGUAAAUAUAUAAGUUUAGGUUUGGUUAAUCCUAUUGUUGUGAUAUAUGAAUUCAAGCUCAGAAUUGUUUUUUAUUCAUAACAGGGAAAAAGUAAUGUCCAUGAACCUUUGUUCUGAAAUUGUCAGAAAUCUAACCUAUAGUACUAUACUACUGUAGUAUUAAUAUCAUAGUAGUCAAAACCUUGAACUGGUUCCCUGCAGAGAUCAGGCAAGGGAUUAGAUCAUUUAAGUACGAAAUGUAUCUAGAAAGAUAGUUUUAUAGAAAUGUCAUCCUUGAGGUGUAUUUCUAAGAUGUGUUAUUUGAACAAUGGUCAACUUUUAUGCAGACAGAAUUUAUUAAAGCAUGGGGCAAAUGCUGGGAAUAGCAUUUUAUUUGAACAUACAACUCCUAUAUCAUACAUGGAUUUCAUUUUAGUGUUCUUGAGGGUACAUUUAACUGUAACUGAUGUUUAAGGUGGUCUACAAAUUGAAUACACUUAUUUUGACUAUGUACAGUUAUUUGCUUUAAUAACCGAUAUCUGAUUUAUUGGUUUUAAGAAUGUCUUGAACAGAUGGGUUUUGGGAUCAAAUGACAUGAGGUCACAUAGUUGACCUUUGGUAAUUAAAGCUCAUGAGAACUGUGGGACAUAUGUUUUUUUUAUGAUACGUGUUCCGAAUUAGUUUUGACUCCAUUCUUAUAAACAUUAAGGAAAACAAGAAGAACUCAAGAUAACCGUAAAGUGCUUUCUUUCAUCAGAGAAAACAAUUAACUUUGCUUCUUACAAACAUGAUAUUUAUAGGACAAUGUAUAUUCUCACCACUAUUUGCAAAAAUAGGAGAACCGUUUGUUUCCAUGUCUAAUAUAUCUGCUGUGCAAAGUAAAAUUAAAGUUAGGAAUUAAUUAAAUACACAUAUUAAUAAAGUUUCCCUUCACAUGUAAUUAUACCGAAAUCAGGAUUUAGAUAUUGUUUACAACAUUUUUAAGGAAAGGUUAAAAUGGACAACUACUUUUUAUAUGGACUCAUAUGAAUGUUUUAUUUUAUCCAUUGGGAAUGUGAAUACAUAGUUUAUGUUUGUUAAUAUUUUGUUUUUUUGGUAUUCACAAAAGGUUUAAGUGAUUUCACUGUGGAGGACAUUGUUUGAAUGUGAGAUGUAUUUAAUAUACAGUAUAAUAUCAUAUUCAUGAGAAUGGCAUGGUAAGACAGUGAUAGUAGUUUAGAUAAAAUAAAUAAGUGCAUCUUUUGCACUAGCUAUAGAUCAAAAUGGACAAAAUUCUGUGAGACUAUGGAAGAGAUAAUCAACAAUGGAAGAGGAGCACCAUCGUUCAAGGAGAAAUGCAGGUUCCAGAAGUAAAGUUGUUUGUAAUACGGACUGUGAUUCAGGAUGACUUAACUGAAGGAUAUCAAUAAUUUCAUGAAAAAUUAUUUUCAUUCUGAACUAUAAGAACUUUUUACAAAGUGUCUCAAUCUUUUUAAAUUUGCUUUUGUCUGGUUCCAUUACUGAAAGUCUGCAGUUUUCCAAGAGCCUGCCAACGACUGUGGUGUUUAUUGCUUAUUCAAGUCACACCUUCGUUUCACACUGUAUGGACUAAAGUAUGAUUGUUCUGUAUCAGGGUAACUGCAAAGUGACCAGGGGCCUUAAAAAUGGCAUUGAUAAUACAUGUACUGGUGCAAUUCCCUGAUUCUAUACAGAUGAUUCGUGAUUGAUCAACUAAGGAAGUCAAGGCUUACAUCUGCCAGGCCCAACUGGACCAAAGGGUCGUAGGAAGCCUCUGCAUAGACACAUCUGGCAUCAAUCACAGGAGGAAUGUUUGCCAUAUAUUGUGUUACAAAAGAAAUGAAAUGACUGUAACUUUGUGAUUCCCAGAACAGAGUACUUAGCUCUUAAUUUUCAAUUUUUGAUGUUUGUGGACACAUUUUAUUGCAAGAUCGUGAAAGGUGUGAUAAAGAAUUCAAUGUCAACUACAACUAAACACAGUGAUAUGCGUAAAGGCUGUAAUGAAAGAUUUUUAAAUCCAUAACAGGAAGACAUGUCUGAAUAACUAGAGAAUGGAACCAACUUUAGAAUAUAGAUAGGAUAUUUUUAAUUAUGGUGAACUAUCACUACUUACCAUCUCAUUACAUGAUAUUAAAUCAAUUAUGUUAUGUUAUUUGCAUCAGACUUUGGAAAUAUGAAAACAUUUCUGGAUGUCUUUUGGGAUGUAGUUUCAAGGACUAUGGGAUAAUAUGUUCUUGGCAAGUCAAAUGUGCAAAGGGGGAUUUGUUAAAUAUUGGGUAUUGGAAAAAUGGUUAUAUUCCAGUAUUGAUUAAGUUUGAAUAUGUUUCAUUUGUGCACUCAUGACUUGUCAUUCACACAUCUUUCACACACUGGUUCCCAUACUCCAUUUGUUCCUCAAGUCUGGAGGGAUUAGGUUACAAUUAACAUAUGGAAUUUAUGGGUAGGCUGGGGGAGGUGUAUCCCACAGAUUUUGAAUAUAUCCCUGGACAAAGAGAAGUUGGGUCUCUCUCACGCUCUCUCACACUGGACACACACACAGACACAUACACAGACACACACUGACUCUCACAUAAUACAGACAUACACAAAACUUUUAUACAACAUAUUGAUACA